CUAGGAGAUGUUGUAGAUAACGACCAUGUCAUUCACAGACAGCCAUCUUGAAGUUGGUCGAGAGUUCCGCGAAUCAACCAACAUCUGAGAAUGUUGAAUGUGUUCAUAUUUGGGUUAUGUUUUCUUUCGUUUAAUGGGAUAAAUGCGAAUGUUUCUGAACGAAUUUCCAAGUUGGAAAGCCAGAACACUCGACUUCGGGAGAGACUACACGACCAUAUCAAGACAUACAACGGCCUCCUCCAGAUGUAUGUUGACAAAACUUCCCAUGUCAAUUACGCAGAUCCAGACACACGUCAACGCAGGGAUUGUCACACCAGGCCCUCACCAAUAGCAUUUCAUGCUCUGAUGUCUCAGUCUAUAUUCCCUUUGGGAGCCAAACAAAUCCUACAGUACGAUGACGUCAUCACGAACGUAGGAAAUGCAUACGACAAAUUCACAGGGAUAUUCCAGGCCCCUAUAGGCGGGGUCUACGAGUUUGUAGCUACCAUGUGGUCACGUGAAGGCUACCACAUGGACUACGAGAUGCUUCACAACGGAAUUGACGUAUGCUAUGGACAAGCUGGAAAAACGAACCAAACAAUGGGGGUUUGUGUCAGUGUUCUGAGCAUUGCUUCUGGUGAUCGCGUUUGGGUACGAAACCAUGCUACAGGGUCGGUUUACGUCAACGGACAUGGCUACCCAGCUUUUUCUGGUCAUUUGGUAGCAUAAAUAUAUAUAACAUUUGGUAGUCAUGUGAAUGGUUGGUUGUAUUUAGUAUUCGAUCGUUAUAUUCUGGACUCCUGACAUCAUCGUUUCUAAAUCGGAUGGAGUAGUUUUACGCCAGUUGUCAUUAAUUG